AUGGGGGGUAUUCACUGCCAGGAGAGGAUAAAGGAAAUAUUUAAAGAGUAUACGUCGAAAGAAGUGACAGCUGGGCUGCUCUUGACUCUACAGAGGCUGGCCCAAAGACCAAACACCAGUUUAGAACAGUUCAUUGCCGGUUGCAAAGCAUUGACAAAGUUCAGCAGCAAUGAUACAGCUAUAUUUGAUGAGCUUAGGGAUUUGCUCAGAGAUAAUCCCAAGCAGGACCUGACAACUUCAAAGAAAACGGCACCUUCCAUCAAUAAGAGAAAGAAAUUUAAGAUUCAGUUAGACUUUGAUGAGAGCGAUGAUGAGCUUGUUUCCCCUGUUCAAAAGAAACCCGCAAGUACAAACAGAUUGUUCAAGAGAAUAGGUAAAUCGAGGGCCAAACAGUUGAAACAAUACUCUUCUACCGUGAAGGAUCUCCCCUUAAAUGAGAAAAUACAGUCAUCGAGUAACUAUACUGAACCAAAGGAACGUGAGCCGUCCGGAGAUGAACUGAUAGAAGAGGACAGAGAAUGGUAUGACAAUGACGACGAUUACGGGAAUUUGGUACCACAAUUCCAGUCGGCGUCACCUGAGGAUAUCAAAAUACCAUGUGAUAUCAAGGAUAGUAAUAACGAUGAUGCUUUACGAAACAGCAUCAGAUUGUAUCCACUCCCAUUAAAGAAAAGAAUGGAAUGGAUUCCUCUCUUUCUAUCUAAUUUUGCUAUUCAAAACAAAGUGCCCACUUCCAUAAUAAUUGGCUCCAUCUCCGAAACCUCUAACCAAACAGCUUCUUUAACGAUGGUAAACCCAUUCAGGAAUCCUGAGAGUGAAUUCUCUCUGAAUGCCAAAAAAGGAAGUAUGUUGGUCGCUUCGAGAAGGGUUAAUAUGGAACACGUUCAACAAUCUCGUGAUAACACCGAUGUUCUGAAUACUGCCAUGGGUGAGGUGCUAGGUUUGGAGAAAAAGAAUAAAGCAACAGACGAGAGGCACAAAGAAAAUACCAACGGAACAGCAGUGUACACAUCAUCAAGGGACGAUAUUAAACGUACGAGAGAGGAAUUGCCCGUUUUCCGUUGCAGAUCGCAACUUUUAUCGCUCAUAAGAGAAAAUCAAGUCGUGGUGAUAAUUGGUGAAACUGGUUCUGGUAAAACUACUCAACUAGCUCAAUAUUUAUAUGAAGAAGGAUAUGCAAACAGUAAAGGAAAAUCUAUCGUUGUAACGCAACCAAGAAGAGUGGCUGCCAUGUCCGUCGCUAAAAGAGUUUCGAUGGAAAUGGAAGUUACAUUGGGUAAAGAAGUGGGUUAUUCGAUCAGAUUCGAAGAUAUGACGGAUCCUGAAUAUACAAAGCUUAAAUUUGUGACGGACGGUAUCUUGCUGAGAGAGACUUUACUGGAUGAUGCUCUCGAUAGAUACAGUUGUAUCAUUAUUGAUGAAGCUCAUGAAAGGUCUUUGAAUACAGACAUUCUACUAGGAUUUUUCAAAAGUUUACUCGCACGUAGAAGAGAUCUAAAACUCAUAAUUACUUCAGCCACAAUGAACGCCAAAAAAUUCUCCACAUUUUUUGGCAAUGCUCCCCAAUUCACGAUUCCUGGAAGAACUUUUCCCGUGCAGACGAUAUAUACCUCCAAUCCCGUUCAGGAUUAUGUCGAAGCCGCAGUUUCUCAGGCUGUGAAGAUCCAUCUAGCCAACGAUUGUUCAAGUGGUGAUAUUCUUAUCUUUAUGACAGGCCAAGAAGAUAUUGAAACGACAUUUGACACUCUGCGAGAAAGAUUUUUACAAGUUUACUCUAAAAAGUUUGGCACAGCGAAACUUGAAGAAAUAAAAGACAUUGAAAUUCUGCCAAUUUACUCAGCAUUACCUGCGGAUUUGCAAUUCAAAAUUUUCCAGGAUCUUCAUGGCACUAAAAGGAAAAUUAUCAUUGCAACAAAUAUUGCAGAGACUUCAUUGACUAUCGAAGGUAUCAAAUAUGUCAUCGACUGUGGUUACUCUAAACUAAAAGUAUACAAUCCAAAAGUAGGUCUUGAUAGUUUGGCAAUAACGCCCAUCUCAAAGGCUAACGCUGAUCAAAGGUCCGGAAGAGCUGGUAGAACCGGACCGGGCACUGCAUAUAGAUUAUACACGGAAGAUACUUUCAAAGAGGAUAUGUACCUACAAACGAUACCAGAGAUUCAAAGAACGAAUUUGUCAAAUACCCUCUUGUUAUUGAAAUCUUUGAAUGUUACUGAAGAUUUAAGUAAAUUUCCAUUCAUUGACAAACCACCUUUACAAACAUUUCUAUCUUCAUUGUAUGAGCUGUGGUUCAUCGGGGCUAUUGACGCUAAAGGGCAGCUGACUUCAUUAGGGUUAAAAAUGGCAAAAUUCCCCUUGCAGCCUUCUCUUUCUAAAAUCUUACUGAUUGCAGUACAAAACAGCUGUAGCGAUGAAAUGUUAACGAUUGUAUCCAUGCUUUCUGUUCCACAAGUUUUUUAUAGACCCAAGGAAAGGCAAAAAGAGGCAGAUAUUGCAAGAAAUAAAUUUUUUAUUGCCAAAUCUGAUCAUUUAACAUUGCUAAAUGUUUUUGUACAGUGGAGAGCGAAUAAAUUCAGUUCACAUUGGUGCAAUAAACAUUUUGUUCAAUACAAGUCACUUGUAAGGGCAAGAGAUAUUAGAGACCAGCUGUUAACCAUCCUCAAAUCUCAAAAAAUUCCGGUAAUUUCUUCCGGUAAAGAUUGGGAUAUCAUCAAAAAAUGCAUCUGUUCAGGCUUUGCCCAUCAAGCAGCCAAAAUAUCAGGGCUGAGAAAUUACGUUCACUUGAAGACUGGGGUUAGCGUUCAACUGCAUCCGACCAGUGCAUUGCAUGGGCUUGGUGACUUGCCACCUUACGUAGUAUAUCAUGAACUAUUGAUGACUAGUAAGGAAUAUAUUUGUUGCGUCACUUCGGUAGAUCCAUUCUGGUUAAUGGAGUAUGGCGCGCUACUCUACGACAUCAAGCGAAUACAGAACAAUCAAGAAUCUGCAGCUAAAGGUCUAUUUGGUGAACAAUAUGUACAUGUUGUUGACCAAGCUGAAGAUGAAGUGGAUAUGAAUAUCAGAAGAUGCAAGGCUGUGAGGGAGAGUGUAGUACGAGAGCUGAAAGAGGUGAACGAUUCAGGUGAGCGAGACAAUGAGAAAAGGUCUCAAAAGCAGAAUAUCAUGAAAAAUAAAGAAAAUGCGAUAAAUCAUUUCAAGAGAAGGCCAUUUUUUUAG